GUGGUCGGGGCCGUCCGGAUCUCUGUAGUUUCUCUGUUUGGGACCACCACCUCGAGGGCAUUAGUGCGAUAAUUGAACCGCACUCCAUCGCCUAAGCAAGAUUCCUGAGCGGCAGGUAUCUUCCUAGCCUCUGUAAUAAUCUUGGUUAUACAGCUUGGUCACCAGCUGGGAUUUGAGGGUAUAGUAUGGCAGAGAGUAGCGAUCCUUGUGGUAGGCCUGCGUCGAUAUGAUACGUGUCCGGUUUAAUGUCGCCCAUCCGGGGGACACUCACUCCGUUGCUGGGAGAGCCCCUGAGUCGUCCUGUAGGAUUUGAGUUCAGAUGCCUUCUCUUCAAAUUAUGAGACAAGUCAUUCGUGCAGAGAACGGUCGAAGCGCGCCUGAUGGCCCUAGAAGGGCGCUAGUGAUAUGUGGCAGAUUAGAGGUCUAUGCUGUGUGGAUCAUUUCCAGCAGAUGUAAGGCGUGUUCUGUCGUGAUUCCCUUCCGUCCGCCUGAAUGUUGUGUCGGAAUUAGGCCGUGUAUUUCACUGCGUGGCUAAUCCGCUUUACGAUACCUGGCUUCAUAACCUUCCCCAAGCUGUUUAGGAGUGCUACUGGUCGGUUGUUCGGUUCUGGCGGUAAUCAUUCUUGGCGGGUUUUCGAAGCGUAACCGUGAAGUAUUGACGGGGACGCUGGGGGCAGUAGCGCAGUUUGUUGCUUGCAUUAAAGAGGCGCUAGAAGGGUUCAGCGAGGUGC